AUGCACAAAAGUCUUGUGGCAGCGGCCGUCUUGGCCGCUACCGCCCAGGCCCACGCCGUCUCGGAGCCCAAGGUCAACGUUUACUGGGGACAGAAGGGAGACACUAGGCUGAGGGAUCACUGCGACCAGGCCAACUUCGACUAUGUUACCAUCGGCUUCGUCAACAACUCCCCCGAGCAGGACAAGUCCGGCCUGAACUACCCCGGCAUCAACUUCGGCUCUCACUGCGAUGCCAUCUACUACACGAACCCCCUGACCAACCUGGCGUCUCCUCUGCUCAGCAAGUGCACCGUCAUUGCGUCGGAUAUUCAGUACUGCCAGGAGAAGGGAAAGAAGGUUCUGCUUUCUGUCGGUGGUGCUGCGGUCACGGGCUCGAGUUAUCCUCUGUCUAGCGAUGCCAAGGGCGAGGAGUUUGCUAGCUUCCUGUGGGGAGCCUUCGGACCCUACGAUUCCAAGUGGACGGGACCCCGUCCUUUUGACUACGCUGGUAACCACGUCUCGGUUGAUGGUUUCGACUUGGAUAUUGAGGUCAACUUCAGCUCAGUCGGCCAAAGUGCUUAUGUCGCCUUGGCUAAGAAGCUUCGCGAGUUGUACAACGGCAACAGCAAGUACCUCCUUACCGCCGCUCCCGAAUGCCCGCUUGAUGAUGCCAACUUCAAGAUGAAGUCCAUCAUUGCCAACGCCCAGUUCGAUGCCCUCUUCAUCCAGUUCUACAACAACCCUGGCUGCGCGGCUGCCUCGAACUCUGGCUUCAACUACCUCCAAUGGGAGCAGGCCAUUGCCACCGGCAAGAGCAAGCACGCCAAGCUCUUCAUCGGUCUUCCUGGCUCUUCUGAUGCCGCCGACUCUGGUUACAUCGAGCCCGUCAAGGCUGCCGCUCUCAUCAACACCUACAAGACCCGCGCCUCUUUCGGUGGUGCCAUGAUCUGGGAUGUCUAUCACGGCCAGAAGGUGACCGACGGAAAGACCUUCGUUGAUGCGAUUAACACUGCCUGCCACGGCACCGCUAAGCCCGCCACCGCUGCCCCGGCUCCCAACGCCAUCGGUUGCACGGCUUACCACACCGUCACUCCUGGUGAAUACUGCUAUCUGAUUGCCCAGAACUAUGGCAUCACUAUUACCGAGCUCAUCAGGUAUAACCCUACCAUGAAUGCGGCCUGCGCCGUUCAGAGCGGUCAGAAGCUGUGCGUCAAGCAGGGUAUUGUGACUCUUGCGAGUACCAUCACCUCUGCUCCCGCUGUCUCCUCCACCGAAGCCGCUAGCUCGAGCUCUGAGGCUGUCAGCACCGCUGAGUUCUGCGAAGACGAAACUACCACCUCUGCCCCUGCCAUCACUUCCGCCCCGGUUGUGAUCUCCAGCAGCGCCAUCAACUCCGAGAUCAUCAGCAGCACCACUACUGAAGACGACUCUUGCGAUGUUGAGAUUAUUUCCGAGGAUCCUGUUGGUUCCGCUACUGAAUCCGUUGUUGUCUCUUCCACUGAGGCCCCUGUUGUCUCUGCUACUGAGUCCGCUGUCGUUUCCGAGACUGCUUCUGUCACAGAGCCCAGCCUGAUCAGCGUCAGCUUCAGCAUCGAGGUCCCUACCACCACCGAUGAUGCUUGCGAGGAUGACACCACCCCCUCCGAGGUCCCCUCCGCCACCGAGGGUCCUUCCGAUGGCUCCUCCACCGCUAUUGAUCUUUCUAUCAUCACUUCUGCCCCCGUCGUUAUCCCCUCCGGCGGCAGCUCCGAGAUCAUCAGCAGCACCACUACUGAAGACGACUCUUGCGAUGUUGAGAUUAUUUCCGAGGAUCCUAUUGGUUCCGCUACUGAAUCCGUUGUUGUCUCUUCCACUGAGGCUCCUGUUGUCUCUGCCACUGGGUCUGCUGUUCCCUCUGACCCUAUUGAUGAUGAGAUUAUUACCAAGGAUCCUGUUGGUUCCGCUACUGGAUCCGUUGUUGUCUCUUCCACUGAGGCUCCUGUUGUCUCUGCCACUGAGUCUGCUGUUCCCUCUGACAUUGUUAGCGAGAGCAUCCUUCCCAGCGGCGUUGUUCCCAGCGGUGUCGUUCCCUCCGGUGUUGUUCCCUCCGGCAUUGUCAGCGAGAGCAUCAUCCCCAGCGGUGUCGUCCCCAGCAGUGUCGUCCCCAGCGGUGUCGUUCCCAGCGGUGUCGCCCCCAGCGGUGUCGUUCCCAGCGGUGUCGUUCCCAGCGGUAUCGUUUCCAGCAUCAUCUCCGAUGUCACUUCUGGGCCUACCGAUGGCAGCAACGUCGUUGUCCCCUCUGCCUCCGUCUCCGUUCCCAUUGAGAGCGGUAUCUCCUCUGCCCCUGGCGCCGGUGUCACUUCCGCCCCCGCUGAGGAGUGGACCACCUCGACCAUCUACGCCACCACCACCUCUACCAUUACCAGCUGCGCUCCUGAGGUGACCGACUGCCCCGCCAAGAUUGGCCAGGUCACCACCGUCGUUGUCGCCAUCGGCACCACCGUUUGCCCCGUCACCGCUACCGAAACCUCCGCCAGCGCUCCCACCGGCAUCAUCACCUCGGUCCCCAUCGAGUCGAUCCCCGCUGGCUUCACCACCUCGACCAUCUACGCCACCACCACCUCCACCAUCACCAGCUGCGCCCCCACCGUGACUGACUGCCCCGGCAAGAUCGGCCAGGUCACCACCAUCGUCGUCCCCGUCGGUGUCACUGUCUGCCCCAUCACCGAGGCCUUCCCUCCCGCCACCUCGGUCCCCGCCGCUCCCUCCGCUGGUGCCCCCGGUGCCCCUGGUGCUCCCGCCGUCUCCGCGCCCGCCGUUCCCUCUGGCGGUGCCGGUGUCCCCGUCCCCUCCGGCAGCGCCCCCGGUGCCCCCGGUGCUCCUGAGGUCGACACCACCUCCACCAUCUCCGUCACCUCCGUGAACUUCACCACCGUCACCGUCGCCAAGCCCACCGCUUCCGCUCCCGGUGCUCCCGGUGCCGGUGUCCCUGCCGCAUCCUCGCCUGCGGCCUUCCCCUCCGAGGUUCCCUCCGGCGGCGCCCCUGCCGUCCCCAGCGGCACUGCCCCCGCUGGCACCGGCGUCUCGCUUGCUCCUUCCAGCGCUCUCGCCAAGCCCACCGCUUCCGCUCCCGGUGCUCCCGGUGCCGGUGUCCCUGCCGAGUCCUCGCCUGCGGCCUUCCCCUCCGAGGUUCCCUCCGGCGGCGCCCCUGUCCCAUCCGUCGUCAACGCCCCUGCCGUCCCCAGCGGCACUGCCCCCGCUGGCACCGGCGUCUCACUUGCUCCUUCCAGCGCUCCUUCGACCUACAGCAUGCCUGCGCCGCCUGCUCAGACUGAGCCUGCCACCGGCUCUGAGCCCUCGGAGGUUCCUGUCACUGCAGGUGCCGGACGCAACGUUGUUGCAAUCGGUGUCCCUGCUUUGAUGGCUGCUUUGAUUCUUGCGUUGUAA